UAGAGGGCGCAGGCCUUGAGAGGUUGGCUCGAUGAGCUUUGGAUGGACCGAAGAGCCAGACCUGCCAGCUGCGGAGGUCUCAGCAGCGAGGAAGCGCCCCCCGCCCGGGGCCUGCGCAGAGGCGGGGCCGGGUGGGAGGGCGUGGUCUAAGGCCCCGCCCCAUCACGUGCCGAGAGCUCCUGCCGCGUCUGCAGCCCAGGAACCCACCAGAGGCGGGCGGCUGAAGGGCAAGAGCGGCCGCGGGCUCGGAGAUAAAGCCACAGACCCAAGCAUGUCGGAACAGGAUUGGUCAGCUAUCCAGAACUUCUGUGACCAAGUGAACACCGACCCUAAUGGCCCAACCCACACGCCCUGGCUGCUGGCCCACAAGAUCCAGUCUCCACAAGAGAAAGAAGCUCUUUAUGCCUUAACGGUCCUGGAGAUGUGUGUGAACCACUGUGGGGAGAAGUUCCAUAGCGAGGUGGCCAAAUUCCGCUUCCUGAAUGAGCUCAUCAAAGUGUUGUCCCCGAAGUACCUGGGCUCCUGGACCACAGAAAAAGUUAAAGGAAGAAUCAUUGAAAUACUCUACAGUUGGACCGUCUGGUUUCCCGAAGACAUCAAGAUUCGGGAUGCUUAUCAGAUGCUGAAGAAGCAAGGAAUCAUAAAGCAAGACCCUAAACUACCAGUGGAUAAGAUCUUGCCCCCACCUUCUCCCUGGCCCAAGAGUUCCAUCUUUGAUGCUGACGAAGAAAAGUCCAAGCUUCUGACAAGGCUUCUGAAGAGCAACCACCCUGAGGAUCUUCAGGCUGCAAACCGGCUGAUCAAGAAUUUGGUCAGGGAGGAACAGGAGAAAUCAGAGAAGGUGUCCAAGAGGGUGAGCGCCGUGGAGGAAGUACGGAGUCACGUGAAGGUGCUGCAGGAAAUGCUGAGCAGGUACCGCAGGCCAGGCCAGGCCCCGCCCGACCAGGAGGCCUUGCAGGUCGUGUAUGAGAGGUGUGAAAAGCUUCGGCCCACCCUGUUCCGGCUGGCAAGUGACACCACCGACGAUGACGACGCACUCGCGGAGAUUCUCCAGGCAAAUGACCUCCUCACCCAGGGAGUCCUGCUGUACAAACAGGUGGUGGAGGGCCGUGUCACCUUUGGGAGCACCGCGGUCAGCUCUGUGGAAGACACACCUGUCUCCAGAGGCUGCACGAAGAACUGUCCCCUGAUUGACCUGGAGGGGGACAGUGGGUCUGCCCAGGGUGGGGUCGUCGCACCGUCUUUACUGCACCAGGACCUGGCAGCCUUAGGAAUCAGUGAUGCCCCAGUAACCAACAAGGCUGCCGGGCAGCACUGCUGUCAGGAAGAGAAGACCCCCACCGCCAGUGCACCGCCAGGUGGUGCUGUUCCAAGCCCUUCUGCAGAAAGGAACCUGCUGGAUCUCCUCUCCCCACAGCCGUCUCCGGGUCCUCUGAAUUAUAUUCCACAAAAAAGUAUCCCCAACGAAGUGCCACCAGGGACUAAGUCCUCUCCAGGUUGGUCCUGGGAGGCUGGUCCGUUGGCUUCUUCCCCAUCGUCCCAGAAUACACCUCUGGCUCACGUGUUUGUCCCUUUGGAGUCUGUUAAGCCAAGCAGCCUGCCUCCUGUUAUCGUGUAUGACCGGAAUGGAUUCAGAAUUCUGCUCCACUUUUCCCAGACCGGGGCCCCUGGCCACCCAGAGGUGCAGGUGCUCCUGCUGACCAUGAUGAGCACCGCCACCCAGCCCGUCUGGGACAUCAUGUUUCAAGUGGCCGUGCCCAAGUCAAUGAGAGUGAAACUGCAGCCAGCAUCCAGCUCCAGGCUUCCUGCUUUCAGUCCUCUGAUGCCUCCAGCUGUGAUCUCCCAGAUGCUGCUGCUGGACAAUCCACACAAAGAGCCCAUCCGGUUACGGUAUAAGCUGACUUUCAACCAAGGCGGACAGCCUUUCAGUGAAGUAGGAGAAGUGAAAGACUUUCCAGAUCUGGCCGUCUUGGGUGCCACCUAAGUUCUCACAGGACAGGCCCUGUCAUGCAAGCUUAGGCCCGCAUUCCUGUUGCUGUCUAGAUAGGACUAAUCACAGCGAUUAGUGCCAAGUGCCAAGCGGUCUAUCCUGACGUCAGGCUCUGGAUGCCGACCUCUGACUUAUUCUGCAGAUAAUUGUGUGUUUGUGUGUGUGUGUGUGUGUGUGUUGCAGGGGAGUUGAGGACGGGAGGGGACGCAGGGCUUGGGACGCGGGCAGGGUGGGAAAUGCUAAGCAUUUCUAAUCCCCAUCCGCCACGAUCCUAGCCUGGUUUUGUGUGUUGGUGAACACCGAAGUCUCUCCCGGCCUUGGGACUGGAGGUUUUUGAAGCCAAAGGUGUUGUCGUUUUCCAUGUAUUAUUAUCUUUUCAUUCAUCCACUCUGUGCCUUGUCAGCCUUUGAAAGUCUUGGUUGCACCCAGGCUGCUGUUCUCAGGGACCUUACAAGGGACCUGGUUGGUCUUGGGGCAGAGGGUGUCUUCUAGGAUACUCUUCCAAGAGAGACCUUGUCUCCAUUUCCAUGAGAGAAUGCUGCUUGCACGUGUUCGGGAGGCUCUUCUAAACGGGAUGCGCGUGCCACCGUUUCCUAGGCGAGGGGCUGCCGUUAGACCAGAGGACCACGCCUGGUGGGCCAAUCAUGUGCUUCACCGCUGUGCCUUAGACUCCCCCAGGGCAGGUGGACCCUCAGGGCAGAGGGGCAAGCAGAUCCCAGAUCCCAGAUCCCAGCAAUCCCAUGGGUUGGGCAGCCUGUCUGGAGCCUUCCUCGGGACCCUCAUCUCCAUCCGCAUCUCCACGAGCACUGACCCAGAGCUCUUUGAUUGUGACACCACGCCGGUCAUUAUAAACCUUGAUGGGCUGGCUCUGGCCUGUGACUUCACAAUCCACGAUGAAGAACUGUGACGCCAAUAAGAUCUAAAGAGAGUUUAGCAAUGAUGUAAGUGGUGACUAAAUACAGAAUGUCUUUGAAUAAAUACCUGUGUAACACA